GACAUUUCCGGGGUUCAACUUUUGGCAGAACACCGACAGUAACCGGAAGUACUUGUGUUUUCGUGUGUAAAACAAAGUAGCUAACUGCUGUUAGCUAGAUUGUCUCUAAUUACUGCUACAGAGGAAACAAUGCACAUCUAAUCUCCAAAGAUGUCCAUGUCUCACCUGUACGGACGGAGAGGGGAGGCAGAGGAGGAAGGUGUGGAGAUAGAGAGCUUUGAGGUGACAGACUGGGACCUGGCCAAUGAGUUCAACCCAGACCGCCGCAGACACAAGCAGACCAAGGAGCAGGCCACCUAUGGCAUCUGGGCUGACAGAGACUCCGACGAGGACGAGAGGCCUAGCUUUGGAGGCCAGAGAUCUAAAGACUACUCUGCACCAGUGAACUUUGUGAGUGCUGGUCUGCGUAAGACUGCAUCUGAGGAGAAACAACAGCUAAAAGAAGAAGGAGACUCGAAUGAUUCUGAUGACGAUGCCCCUUCAGCACCUUCCCCUCCUCGCAGCACUGCACCUAAAAAACUGCAGAUGCAGGGUAAUUUCCAAAGGAACCAGUCUCAGAGGUUUGCAGGUGGCAUACAGUCUGGAAAAGGCAUCGGUACCUGGGAGAAGCACACAAAGGGAAUUGGACAGAAGCUACUGCAGAAAAUGGGCUACCAACCAGGCAGAGGCUUGGGCAAGAAUGCUCAAGGUAUUAUAAACCCUAUUGAGGCAAAGCUUCGUAAAGGCAAGGGAGCAGUGGGUGCUUAUGGCAAUGAGCGAACCCAGCAGAGUCUUCAGGAUUUUCCUGUGGUCGACUCAGAAGAAGAAGAGGAAAAGGAGUUUCAGAAAGAGCUCGGCCAGUGGCGUAAGGAUCCUGUAGGGUCUGGCGGAAAGAAGAAACCCAAGUAUUCCUACAGAACUGUAGAUGAGCUGAAGGCAAAAGGCAAAUUGGUGGGGCGGAGCACAGCAGCAUCAGCUGGAGAGCUGGCACAGGUCAAGGUAAUCGAUAUGACUGGAAGAGAGCAAAAGGUAUACUACAGUUACAGUCAGAUGUCCAACAAGCACAGCGUCCCAGAUGAAGGUCCACCCAGCAUGUCCACGAGGGAUCAGAAAGGAUCUGGCUUUGCUUUGCCUGAGCUCGAACAUAACCUACAGCUACUGAUAGACCUCACUGAACAGGACAUAUUACAGUCUGCCAGACGUCUCCAGCAUGAAAAAGAUGUAGUUGUGUCUCUGAGCCACGAGUCACGAGCACUGCAGACCAGACUGGAUGCUGAGCAAGAUUCCAUCCAGAGAAUGGAGGCCGUACUAGCGCUCGUUGAGCGUUUUCCUUCUGGCGAGACUGCACCUGGGGAGGGAACCACCUUGCAGGAAUGUGCCCGCAUCUUUGAGACUUUACAAACAGAUUAUUAUGAAGAAUACAAGACAAUGGGAUUGUCAGACUUGGCUGUAGCUGUUGUGCAUCCAUUACUCAAAGAGAAACUUUGUUCCUGGGACCCACUGAAGGACAGCUCCUAUUGUCUGGAAGACAUUGGCCAAUGGAGAGCAAUCCUUGAAACGAGAGGCCUCCAUUCCAGUGCACCAGAUUCAAAUAUGGACCCAUACCACCGACUCCUGUGGGAAGUGUGGAUCCCAGUGAUUCGGUCCUCUGUGUCAUGCUGGCAGCCACGUAUGGUCGGUCCAAUGGUGGAUUGUGUAGAUAUGUGGGCGCCUCUUCUUCCCCUGUGGAUCCUGGAUAACAUUUUGGAGCAGCUGAUCUUACCACGGCUACAGCGAGAGGUGGAUAACUGGAACCCUUUAACUGACACCGUGCCCAUUCACUCCUGGAUCCACCCGUGGCUCCCUCUGCUCCAAUCACGUCUAGAGCCUCUGUACCCGCCCAUCAGGAGCAAACUUUCUAAUGCAUUGCAGCGGUGGCAUCCCAGUGACACCUCGGCCCGCCUCAUCCUGCAACCAUGGAAAGAUGUUUUCACGGCAGGUGCAUGGGAGGCCUUCAUGGUGAAAAACAUAAUUCCAAAGCUAGCUUUGUGUCUGGAGGAGCUAGUUAUCAACCCUCACCAGCAGCAGAUGGAGCCAUUUCACUGGGUGAUGGACUGGGAGGGAAUGCUGUCCCCCUCCAGCCUUGUGUCACUGCUAGACAAAAACUUCUUUACAAAGUGGUUGCAGGUGCUGUGUUCGUGGUUGAGCAACAGUCCUAACUAUGAGGAAAUCACUAAAUGGUACCUUGGUUGGAAAAGCAUGUUCAGUGAUGUCUUGUUGGCACAGCCACUCAUAAAAGAGAAGUUCAAUGAAGCUUUGGACAUCAUGAACCGUGCAGUGUCUUCAGGCAUGGGUGGAUAUAUGCAACCUGGUGCAAGGGAGAACAUUGCAUAUCUCACACAGACGGAGAGACGAAAGGACUUCCAGUAUGAAGCAAUGCAAGAGCGCAGGGAUGCUGAGAGUGUGGCUCACAGGGGCAUCAGCACCGGUGGUCCAACCAACUUUAAAGAUCUCAUCCAGACCAAGGCAGAGGAAAACAACAUUGUCUUUAUGCCCAUAGUGGCCAAACGGCAUGAGGGCAAACAGCUGUACACAUUUGGGCGUAUUGUCAUCUACAUAGAUCGAGGGGUUGUGUUUGUGCAAGGAGAGAAGACUUGGGUGCCCACCUCUUUGCAGAGUCUCAUAGAUAUGGCCAAGUGAGGGCGGACUGACUGAUUCCUUGGUCUGCCAAGGAAGAAAACAGGGCAAAUGUUUUAUGUAACUUCAGUGUACUUUAUUUUCUUUAUGAUGUGACUUCGUAAAUUUUGUAAAAUCUUAAAAGUGUCAUUGCAAAUGUGAAUAAAUCAAGUUGGAAUAUA